CUAUGUCUUCCUUGCGCUAACGUCUCAACCUUUUCAAUAUUCUCUCAUCUUCACCUACACACACUUACGCACAAGAGAGUUCGUGAGAGUUCCAGAUAGUGUAUUAGUGUGUAUAGAUAUAAUAUAUUAUAUAUCAAGUCAGAGAAAGAGAGGGAAAAAGAUGAGUAUUAUGUGGAAAGUCUAGAGAAUUGUAAAGAUCACAUGAACUACAGAGGAUCAAUCGUGUUGGGUUUCUAUUGUUGGGACUGGGAGUUCUUAACUGCUCUUCUUCUUUUUAUCUUCUUCUAAGUUAACUUUCCUAAAACACACACAGGCGCACACAAGUAGAUAAUUAGAUAAAGUUAUGGUGGCAGAGAUACGUGGCUGCGUCGACAGUCAUGGUGCUCAGUUGUUGGUAGAUUUUGUCUCAAAGUCGUCUCCAUCGCCCUUCCUCCUGAAGACGUACAUGCUGGUUGAUGAUCCGGCCACCGAUCACGUCGUGUCAUGGAAUUCUGACGGGAUGGGGUUCGUGGUUUGGCAGCCGGCGGAGUUCGCCAGAGACUUGCUUCCGACACUGUUCAAACACAGCAACUUCUCUAGCUUCAUUCGCCAACUCAAUACUUACGGUUUUCGUAAAACUUCAACAACCCGUUGGGAAUUCUGCAACGAAAGGUUUCACAAAGGUCAUAAAGAACAACUCUGUCAAAUCCGAAGAAGGAAAUCAUGGAUAAACAAGCCUCGGCCAAUCGCCCAAUUAACCCUGAAAGAAUCAGAUGAAGAUCAAAGAUCUUCAUCCAGUAAUUCUUUAUCCUCAGGGUACAACAUUCUCGUGGAUGAAAAUCAUAAGCUCAAGAAGGAAAAUAAAGUUUUGGGCUUGGAACUUGUGAGCAUAAAAAAGAAGUGCAAGGAGCUCAUUGAUUUGGUUGGUAUGUACACUAGUAGCUCAAGCUCAAAGAAAGAAGAGGAGGAAGAUGAAAGGCCAAAGUUGUUUGGGGUGAGAUUGGAGGUUCAUGGUGAUAAGGAGAGAAAGAGGAAGAGGAUUGAAGAGGUUGGUGAAAGUGCAAGAAGAAUUUUACUUUCGGUAAAUAUAAACAAAUAGAUAUAUAGCCACUUUGAUAGAAAGUUGUAAAGAAUCGUCAUGUUAAGAUAUGCUAUACGUCAUGCUAUGUUGUGCUUGUC